AUGGUUAUGGCGUUGAUCGUUGUUGGCUUGUAUUUCCUUUACUUGUACAGGGACCGCGUGAUCACAUUGUUGACAGGGGACGAUCGCUUACACUUCGAUUUGAAUUCUACACUCUGGCAGUUGAUUACGUGCUGUGGGACAUGCGAGUGUGAAUGGACGCGGAGUUUGACAUCUUCGUCUUGUUGGCCUUUCCGCAGUAGCAAAGGCAAGAACCUUUUGCGUUUGCUUGGACAGACCUUGGGCGUCGCCCAGAUUCCGAUCGAACUUACGAACAUAGUUGUCGGCGAUGUCCCGGCAACUCGUGCUGGCGAUUACUACUUGACGGUUGAAACAAGCAGCAAUCCACCACAAAUCACGGCAGUGGUGGAAAAUUGCGAGCCCAAAGUCGUGGCCUUUCCAGAUACCCUCAUCAUCAAGGUGAGGUCUUCGCCCUUGGAGAGCAAUGUGCGGUUUUGUGUGAAGAAAAUGCAUUCAGUGGGAAGUGAGGACAUUUGCGACUGUUAUGUAAGCCCUAAGAUGUUGUUGUACUGGAUGGUGAACGAAGAUGGUGCAGUCCGCAUUCGUAUGGAGCCUUGCAGAAAAAAUUACACUUUCCCACUCCCUGCAUGGAUUUUGCUCGACAUACAGGAGCAUUCGAAGCCCAGCCGUGGGCUUGGCGCCUUCGAUCUUACCAUCCAGAGUUCAAGGACAGGUGAACUGAUCCCUUAUCAAAGCGCUGCGGACUUCAAGCAGGCCUAUGAGUUGCUCGAUAGCAGCGGCUUUAGGUCACAAGAGCCUGACGAGGCAAAGCUUGCCAACAUCGACAGGUUCAUUCGUGCCAAAGCAGUGUGCGUGCGCCAACUAUUUCUGAUACUUCUGAUCGUGUCAGGGGCCUUCAUGUCUUCACAUUUCUACUGUGGGGCGUGCUUCCAGCGGUAUUCGGAGAUCGCCGUUAUAAACAAUUUCGGAGUGUUAUUCCCAGUUUUAGAUCAUAAAGCGAGAUUCUACCGAGAGAGAUGCAACCUGGACAAAAACCUAUUUGUUGACAUGAUCGAGAAGGACGUGCUUGCCGGGCAGAAGCUCACACACGAGAAGGUGGAUCCCAACUGCACUGUGACUCUCCAAGAGAUACUGCACACCUGCAACGAUCUUCCAGUUGGUGCGCAGCCACCGACUCUUCAUCUUUGGCUGGGUUUCUUCGAGAUUCCCAUACCAUGUUUCCCCAUAACGUGCACUUGGAAUGACGGUCUGAACCAUUUCAGCGCUCUGCACUUCUUCUUCGUCUUGGUGAUGUUUGCAAUGAUCAUCGUCACCUGGGUGGGGUGCGGUUUCCUCAUCGCGCAGAUGGAAGGCCAGGCCAUGGAUGAAUCCCGAGUCGACUCCCGGCACGCCCCCUAG